AAUGAAAAGCAAGAAGUGCGUAACUUUAGUGAUGUAUCAUUUAAAAAGUGUUUUUUAAUGAUACUGUUUCGACGUCACAAAAAUUUCAUGUAUCAUGACCUAAAACUAAAUGUGAAAUUAACUAAUAAAUUUGGUUAUCACAUAAACUGUUUAAAAAAAGUUAUUAUUGUAAAAAGUAAAUACAAGGAGGAAUUUGAAGAAUUUUGCAAAACCCAAAAUGUACCAAAUCUCUCAUCGCAAUGUUGUGAGCCGAGUACAUCUGUUGCGAAUCAGCAACCGAGUGCAUCAGUCUCUGACCAAGCGACCAGUAGUAUAUCUGCUCCGAACGAACAGCCAAGUACGACAUCUGAAUCAACAUCCAGAAAUAAAAAAUUAGCUUGUGUUUUUUGCGGCCACGUUGAGAAGAAAGUUGGUAAGCGAAGACUUUAUGUUACGAUUCCACAAAAAGAGGCAACUGUAACCGAAAUCAAGGAAAUGGCUGAGUCAUCGCAAAAUUCGUCAUUAAUUAAAAAUUUAGAGGAUCUUCCGACUGUAGCUUACCAUUCCAACUGUUUUACAGCUUUGAAGACAACUUUGCAACGUCAAAAUAAAAAGAAGCCAGAGCCAAGAUAUUGGCAUGCGAAUAGGCAAUUGCACCAGUCAGCAUUUGCUGUUAUUUCAGAUGUUAUCACCAUGGAAAUAAUUGAAAAAAAUCGAGUCAUGUUCCUUUGUGAUUUAUUUUCUCAAUACAAAGCUUUGCUAUUAGAAUUUGGUGAGAAUAAAGUAAAAGCCGAAGACUUUUACGAUUACCGCGCUGAAAAUUUAGAAAAUAAAAUAAUCAAUUCCUUUGGCGAUCGACUGAUCAUAGAGCCAUCUUCUGCAGCACACAGAAAAAAAAUUGUCUAUCAAUUUAACAUUGAUACCUCUCAAUUGGCUGGUGAAAUUGCUAAUUUAGAUGAGAAGCAGCAAAAUCGCCAUAGGCACCUUGCUUAUGAAUUACGAAAUAGCAUCAAAUCUGUUCAAAAUAAGCAGCUACCACCAGAUCUUAGCGUGGACGACGUUAUUCCUGGAGAGUGCACCAUUCCAGAAGAUUUGCUUAACUUUGUUUGUGACUUGGUUCAAGGGCCGGAUAUUCGUCGAAAAAAUUCAAACGAAGAUUUAGUUAAAAUUAAGUCAGUGUGCAGUGACCUUAUUUAUAUAGUUUCUAAAGGUCGAGUAAAACCAUCUAAUUAGCAUGCCUACAUGAGGAAGCUGAUACCAGGAUUAUUUUUCACAUCAGUAAAAUUCAUGACGGUGCAAACAUUUUGGUAAAAGCAACUGACACUGACAU